AUGGACCGCAUAAAAUUCCUCUUCCGCAAGAAGGAGACCGAGCAGGAGUACGCGCCCCUGACGGAAGAGACCCAGUUCUUUGGAGGCGCGGCAUCACAGGAAGAGGAACACAAUGUGCCGUUCUCGUGGCUGGAAUAUGGCAUCUUCGCUUUGCUCGGAGUUGCCAUGCUGUGGGCUUGGAACAUGUUUCUCGCCGCAGCCCCAUACUUUCAAGGCCGCUUCCAAACGGACGAAUGGGUACUACAGAACUUCCAGUCAGCUGUGAUAUCUGUAUCUACGAUAACGAAUCUGGUGGCCAUGAUCAUCUUGACCAAUAUCCAGUCUACCGCCUCGUAUCCGUUCCGAAUCAACCUAGCCCUCUAUAUCAACAUUGCUGUGUUUUCGCUCUUGACCAUCUCCACGAGCGCCUUCCUGGAUGCCAGACCUGGUCAGUAUCUUGGCUUCCUCCUGGUCAUGGUAGCUGGCUGCUCUUGGGCGGCUGGUCUCAUGCAGAACGGCGCCUUUGCCUUCGCUGCCAGCUUUGGAAGGCCGGAGUACAUGCAGGCAAUCAUGGCUGGACAAGGCGUUGCUGGCGUGCUACCACCCUUGACCCAGAUCAUAUCGGUGCUUGUCGCGCCUCCCAAGGACCCCGCUGCAGAGGGCGACCAUGACGCCAGCAAUGCCGCCUUCCUCUACUUUCUCACAGCCGUCUUUGUCUCGCUCGUGGCAAUUCUUGGCUUCAUCCCCCUUGUGCGCCGGCACAACCAGAUCAUCGAGUUGCGCAUGGUCGAAAACAUGGCCGCGUCCUUUAACUCGGUCGAAGAAGCCGAGCGCGCUAACCGUAAGGUGGUCAGCAUUCCGGCUCUCUUCCGCAAGCUUCAUUGGUUUGCCGCCGCCGUCUUCAUGUGCUUUGCCAUCGCCAUGUUCUUCCCCGUCCUCACGCCCAAGGUCCUCUCAGUGUCCGAUCCCGAUGCCUCCAGCCCGCUGCUACAACCUGCGGCUUUCAUCCCCCUCGGUUUCUUCUUCUGGAAUCUCGGUGACCUCGGUGGCCGCGCCAGUGCUCUAGUUCUGCCCUGCCGCGACAGACCGGCGUUGCUGUUCGGCGUCAGCGUCCUCAGGAUAUUGUUCCUGCCUCUAUACGCCCUGUGCAACAUCCAUGGCAACGGGGCGGUCAUCAACUCCGACGUGUUCUAUUUGCUGCUGGUACAGUUCCCCUUUGGGCUGACGAACGGCUGGCUGGCGAGCAACUGUAUGAUGGCCGCUGGCGAAUGGGUGGACGAACGGGAGAGGGAAGCGAGUGGCGGCUUCAUGGGCCUGUGUCUUGUGGCGGGCUUGACUUUUGGAAGUUUGUUGAGUUUUACUGCUGCUGGGAUUUAA